GAAAUUUAAUUUUAGAGAAAAUGCCGUUGACGUGUAGAUUCUACGAGCAGCGCUAUCCUGAGAUAGAUGAGGUCGUCAUGGUGAACGUCAGGUCUAUAGCGGACAUGGGGGCGUAUGUACAUCUCCUUGAAUACAACAAUAUUGAGGGUAUGAUCCUGUUGUCUGAGUUGUCAUUUAUUUAUAUAUUGUCUAGGGUAUGACCCUCGGAGAGUAUCCAAGGAAUAUAUUGUAUUUAUAUUGUAUCCAGGGUUGACAAGGAUAAGGGAUAUACUGAUUUGAGUAAGAGGAGAGUAUCCAAGGCUCUGCCUACGACUACUUCAAGCAGUCCGUUGUUGAUCCUUCUCUAUUGGACGAGUGUGGUUUAGACGAUAAAACUAAACAGGUUCUGAUAGAGAAUAUCCACCGUAAGCUGACCCAACAGAACGUCAAGAUCAGAGCAGAUUUUGAAUGCUCAUGCUUUACCUACGAAGGUAUUGAUGCUGUGAAGGAGGCUCUACGUGCUGGAAUAGCUUGUGGAACUGAAGAAAUACCAAUCCGUAUCAAUCUAAUAGCACCACCAGUAUAUGUGAUGACCUGCUCCACCCCUGAGAAGGUUGAGGGAGUGGCACUGCUCCAGGAGGGGUGUAGAGUAGUAGAAGAGAAGAUUAAAUCUGUCGGAGGAAACUUCGCAAUCCAGAUGGCACCCAAGGUUUUUUUUAUUGUUGGUAUGGGAGGAAACAAGGAUGUAGAAGGGAGUGAUGAUGAGGAUGAUGAUGAAAAGGAGGACAAGGAGGACAAGGAUGAAAAGGAGGACAAGGAUGAAGAGUAAAG